AUGGCAACCCGCGCCGUUCCCCGCGCCCUCCGGGCCAGCAACAUCUUCUCCACAGCAACCCGCCCAACCAUCCCAAUUCUUUCCUCAAGCCAAAGAGCCUUCCACAUCAGCGCGACCCGUCUCCAAAAGAAGAAGAAGAACACCACCACCACCACCACCACCACCACCACCCCUACCCCUGGAGCGGGCGCCUUCGCCCGAACUGACGACUCGAUCACCGUCGAAUACCCCGAAGACCCCUCCAAGCUCCCCUCUUCGCAGCCAGUGGACAGCGGCAUAGGAAGAGCGGGGCCGAAUGUUUUCCCGACGCUUGCCACGUUUUCUCUCCAGGGAAAGGUGGGCGUGGUGACGGGCGGAGCGAGAGGGUUGGGGUUGGUGAUGGGGCAAGGGAUUGUAGUUAGUGGUGGGGAUUUGGCUAUUGUUGAUUUGAACAAAGAAGAAGCAACCAAACAAGCCCAAAACAUCGUCGAGACCUUCAAGAAGGACUAUCCUUCCGCCAAGAAAAUCCCCAAAGUAACAGCCCACUACGCCGACGUCUCCGACCCAGCCUCCGUCGACGCCUGCAUCGCCGAGAUCGUCGCCGAGCACGGCAAAAUCGACAACCUCGUCACUUCUGCCGGCUUCACAGAGAACUUUGAAGCGGUCAAUUACCCAGUAGACAGGCUGCGCAAGCUCUGGGGCGUCAACGUGGACGGGACGUACUUAUUCGCUACGGCUAUUGCUAGGCAUCUGAUGGACCGCAACUCCCCCGGCUCCCUCGUCUUCAUAGGCUCCAUGUCCGGCAGCAUCGUCAACGUGCCCCAGCCGCAAACUCCUUACAACGCCUCCAAAGCGGCCGUCCGACACCUAGCCGCCUCUUUCGCGGUAGAAUGGGCCAAAGCGGGAAUCCGUGUCAACUGCAUUUCCCCCGGCUACAUGCUCACGGCUUUGACCAAAAAGAUCCUGGACGAGAACCCGGACUUGAAGGAGAAGUGGACUUCGCUGAUCCCGCAGGGCCAGAUGGGUAACCCCGAGGAUUUGAUGGGUCCAGUCACAUUCUUGUUGUCGGAUGCUAGUCGGUAUGUGACGGGGGCGGAUUUGAGGGUUGAUGGGGGGUAUACUUGUACAUAA